CGGCUGCUGGGGCUGGGGUCUGCCGAGGGAGACGAUCGGCAGCAACAGUGGCAGCAUGGGGCGGAUGGGGCGGCCGGCCGCGGCCGGGGAACAUUCUGUUGCAGCUGCGGCAGGGCCAGCUGACCGGUCGGGGCCUGAUCCGUGCUGUGCAGCCUUUCCCAUGCACUGAGAUCACCACCAUACCUGGCAAAAACCAUUAUUGAAGAUCAGUGGUCCUGUAUCAUCUUUUACAAGAAGCUUUUGAUCUGACUGAGGGACAGUUUCCUGAAGCUUUUUUGACAGAACGGGACAAACAGUCCAAAUGGAGUGGAAUUCCUCAGUUGCUCCUUAAACUGUACACCACCAGCCACCUCCACAGUGACUUCAUUGAGUGCCAAAACAUCCUCAAGGAAAUUUCUCCUCUUCUCUCCAUGGAGGCUAUGGCAUUUGUUACUGAAGAUAGGAAACUUACUCAAGAAACUACUUACCCAAAUACAUAUAUUUUUGAUUUGUUUGGAGGCGUUGAUCUCCUUGUAGAAAUUCUUAUGAGGCCUACAAUCUCUAUCCGGGGACAGAAAUUAAAAAUAAGUGAUGAAUUAUCGAAGGACUGCUUGAGCAUCCUGUAUAACACCUGUGUCUGUACGGAAGGAGUUACAAAGCGUUUGGCAGAAAAAAAUGAUUUUGUGAUCUUCCUGUUUACAUUGAUGACGAGUAAGAAGACAUUCUUACAAACAGCGACCCUCAUUGAAGAUAUUUUGGGUGUUAAAAAGGAAAUGAUCCGACUAGAUGAAGUUCCCAAUCUGAGUUCCUUAGUAUCCAAUUUUGACCAGCAACAACUUGCUAAUUUCUGCCGGAUUCUAGCUGUCACCAUUUCAGAGAUGGACACAGGGAAUGAUGACAAGCACACGCUUCUUGCCAAAAAUGCUCAGCAGAAGAAGAGCUUGAGCUUGGGGCCAUCUGCAGCUGAGAUCAACCAAGCUGCCCUUCUCAGCAUCCCCGGCUUUGUUGAACGGCUUUGCAAGCUGGCAACUCGGAAGGUGUCAGAGUCAGCGGGCACAGCCAGCUUCCUGCAGGAGCUGGAGGAGUGGUACACGUGGUUAGACAAUGCUUUAGUUCUAGAUGCCCUGAUGCGAGUGGCAAAUGAGGAGUCUGAGCACAAUCAAGCAGUGUGUCCUAGGGAACCCAGACAGAACCGAGGACCCAGAGGCAUUGGGAAUUCAGAGGAGAAUGGAUUGCCUCACACUUCCGCCAGGACCCAGCUGCCCCAGUCCAUGAAGAUUAUGCACGAAAUCAUGUACAAACUGGAAGUGCUGUACGUCCUCUGCGUGCUGCUGAUGGGGCGACAGCGGAACCAGGUUCACAGAAUGAUUGCGGAGUUUAAGCUGAUCCCUGGGCUCAAUAAUUUGUUUGACAAGCUGAUUUGGAGAAAACAUUCAGCAUCUGCCCUCGUCCUCCAUGGUCACAACCAAAACUGUGACUGUAGCCCGGACAUCACCUUGAAGAUCCAGUUUCUGAGGCUUCUUCAGAGUUUCAGUGAUCACCACGAGAACAAGUACCUGCUCCUCAACAACCAGGAGCUGAAUGAACUCAGUGCCAUCUCCCUCAAGGCCAACAUCCCCGAAGUGGAAGCCGUACUCAACACUGACAGGAGCUUGGUGUGCGAUGGGAAGAGGGGCUUAUUAACUCGUCUGCUGCAGGUCAUGAAGAAGGAGCCAGCUGAGUCAUCAUUCAGGUUUUGGCAAGCCCGGGCUGUGGAGAGUUUCCUCCGAGGGACCACCUCCUAUGCAGACCAGAUGUUCCUGCUGAAGCGAGGUCUUCUGGAGCACAUCUUGUACUGCAUCGUGGACAGUGAGUGCAAGUCAAGAGAUGUGCUGCAGAGCUACUUUGACCUUCUGGGAGAGCUGAUGAAAUUCAAUGUUGAUGCAUUCAAGAGAUUCAAUAAAUACAUCAACACUGAUGCAAAGUUCCAGGUUUUCUUAAAGCAGAUCAACAGCUCCCUCGUGGACUCCAACAUGCUGGUGCGCUGUGUCACUCUGUCAUUGGACCGAUUUGAAAACCAGGUGGACAUGAAAGUGGCCGAGGUCCUGUCUGAGUGCCGCCUGCUCGCCUACAUAUCCCAGGUGCCCACGCAGAUGUCCUUCCUCUUCCGCCUCAUCAACAUCAUCCAUGUGCAGACACUGACCCAGGAGAACGUCAGCUGCCUCAACACCAGCUUGGUGAUCCUUAUGCUGGCCCGACGGAAAGAGAGGCUGCCCUUGUACCUGCGCCUGCUGCAGCGGAUGGAACACAGCAAAAAGUAUCCUGGCUUCCUGCUCAACAACUUCCACAACCUACUGCGCUUCUGGCAGCAGCAUUACUUACACAAAGACAAGGACAGCACCUGCCUGGAGAACAGCUCCUGUAUCAGCUUCUCAUACUGGAAGGAGACAGUGUCCAUCCUGUUGAACCCAGAUCGCCAGUCACCUUCUGCCCUUGUCAGCUACAUUGAAGAGCCCUACAUGGACAUAGACAGGGACUUCACUGAGGAGUGACCUGGGGCCAGGCCUUGGGAGGUUGCUGGGCCAGGGCCAGCGCAGGUGCACGUGGGUGCCCAUGGCACAUGCCCUGCCUGUUUCCACCUUCCACUGCCUCCCCCACUGCUGCCUGCCUGUCCCAGGUCCUGACACACAGACUCAGUGGAGGGAAGGAGCAUCCUGCAGGCCCUGGGCCCCCGAGUCGGGGGAGCCUCAUAAUCAGGAAGGGCGCCAUGCUCACCUGUCCCUCAGAACCCAGGGCCCCUGCUGGACUGCCCAGAGAAAGAGGACUUACAAAAAUAGCUCUGUCUGAGCUCCUGCCCAGUCUCUUGGCUGUCCUGGGGUGGCAAGGGAGAUAGAGGCCCCCCAUCUGUGAGCUGAGCCUCUGGGCCCAGGUAGAGGUCCUGAGCCUUGGGCAGGCCUGAGGGUACAGAGAAUGCCACCUUCCCCCAGGCCUGCCCAUCUGUUGUCCCCUCCCUCCCUCCGUCUUCCUUUAGCUCCUCUGGUUCCGUUUGCUCAUUGGCCACCAUGUUCAUCCCAGGAGGUUCCCCAAGAAGUGGGUAUUUCUCCAUCCCUUGGGGCAUGAAGUGGCUGUGCCUGCCCUGUCCCAGGGCAGCAUCUCCUGCCUGAGCUCAAACACAGGAGCCUGGCUGGGAGCUUAUCUUUGGCCCUUCCUGUGUUGCCAAUUUAUUAACAGCAAAUAAACCAAUUAAAUGGAGACUAUUAAAGAACUUUAUUUUAAA